AAAAGCUUUUACAAAACUCUCUUCAAGCACUCAAAUCAACAUUGUGACCUAACUUAAAAACUAUUAAAGCCACCCAAACCAACAGGCCAAAACACAGCACCCCCUUCUCUCUCCAUCUCUCUCUCUCCAUGGACUACAAUCUGAAGCAAUGGAGAAACCAGUAUGAGUCAGAACAACCACCUUCUGCGAAGAUACCAAGACUACUCCUUGAAUCCCAUCAGCAACCAUCUGGGUCUGCCCUUCCAUUGUUUGUACCUGAACCCAACAGCAGGAUCAGCAACCUGUCAGCAUUUCCAGAUUCAACAACUACUACCAGAUUUCCCAGAAUGGGAGGUUAUUUCAGCUUGGCUCAGUGGCAGGAGCUUGAACUUCAAGCUUUGAUUUUCAAAUAUAUGUUAGCAGGGGCUGCUGUUCCUCCUGAACUACUUCAGCCCAUAAAGAAGAGCCUUCUCAGUAGUUCUGCAUGUUAUCUUCAAUACCCUUAUCAACAGUAUCAGCACUAUCAGCCUUCAAUGUUACAGUCAGGAUACUGGGGAAGAAGUGUUGUAGAUUCUGAGCCGGGCAGAUGUCGGAGAACCGAUGGAAAGAAAUGGAGAUGCUCAAGAGAUGUGGUGGCUGGCCACAAGUACUGCGAGCGCCACAUGCACCGAGGCCGCAACCGUUCAAGAAAGCCUGUGGAAAUCCCCACACCUGCCACCGCAACAGGUGGUGGCUUGAAAAACACCAUUCCUGUUGCUGCUUCGCCCUUGACAGCGGUGGCUAGUGGGUCCCAUUUCGCUCUUUCGGGGUCAUCACCUUCGAUAGAUCUAUUUCAACUCAACCAAAGAUCCUCAGAAGGUACUGGUGGAAGUGGGGUCCUUGUUGAGACCCACCAAGACAAAGUUUCUGCAGAUGGGAGAACAGAUGGAAGGAUCCUAAGGCAUUUCUUCGAUGACUGGCCAAGAUCACAUCAAGAACCCAACAGUGUUGGCAGCAAUGCCAGUCCAACCACUUCCACAACCUGCCUAUCCAUUUCCACUCCGGGGAAUGCCACAUCGGACUUCUCCUUGAAACUCUCCACAGGCAAUGGAGAUGAGUCUGGUGGGUCUCGAGAUGUGAAUGUUGGAGGGGAGCGGCACCAGUUGAACUGGGCGUCAGGAUGGGGGACACACCCUGUUCCAUCGAUGGGCGGGCCGCUGGCUGAGGCUCUGCGGUCUUCAACCUCCAAUUCUUCACCCACGAGCGUUCUGCAUGAGUUGCCACGAGCUACCACCAUAUCUGAGACCAGUAGUGUUAGCACCUGACUUCAAUCUCACUUUGCAUUUGAACCGCGAGAACCCUGUUUUAUUUUUUUUCCCUCCUCCCCAUUUCAUGGUUUGAUUGAUUUCAGAUUUCAGGUUGGUUGGUUCAUGGUGAGACUCGGUUUCUCUUGCCCAGCAACGUUUUGUAAAAAUUGUCUUAAAUCAAUUUUCUUUUUAUCUUUCUAAUAAUGUGUGGUGUGUGAAGCCGGUGGAUUGGUUGAUGAUUGUUGUUGGGUUAGUCGAGACUGGACUAUUAGAGGGGAAUGUUGUGUUGCUUUGAAGGAAGCCUUGAGCGGGUAUGUUAUGCUCUGCUUGUGGACAUAUCCAGUUAUCCACCAAGAGGCUGCAGAGUCCUGACUGACUCUGUGCAGAUAUACUGACCAUGUGUAUGCUGGGUCCUCCUCCCAUAAUGCUCUGAGGCUCUCCAAUGGGCGGACAUCAAGUAAAUUUACAACCCAUUUUAACUUUGUGGGUAAGAAAUCAAUUUACCCCCCCAGCUUACCCUAUUGUGUUUGUGGGUUAGCCAGUUACCAUGUUUGGGCCCACCUCUUUUUAACUUUCAAGUGGGACCAGUAGAUGCCUCUCUUCAGCAGCCGGCCCGCCGGCCCAUCUGUAUGUAUUACUUGUGUGGGACUGUAGAUUAAUACAAGCCUCAUAAAAAGUAGUCUGCAGUUUGGAUGAGAAGUAACCAGGGAGGAGGAAGAUGAGUUUUUCUUGCACCUUCAGAGAAUGUAACAAGGUUGCAUUAUUGACUAGCAAUAAUCAGCUAUUGAAAUUGAAGUUGUUUUCGUCCUUCAAAUGGAUUCGUGCUUGUGGUUCAA